UCAGAAGGGAAACACAAGAGGCUGAAGAUUUAAAGGAGAAUCCAUAAUAAGUUUUGCUCUCACCUAUUUAUACGCUAACGAGGUUUUACGUUUGUUCACCGAGCAUUAAUUUCGUCGUGAUUGGAUUAAUAAAAAUCGGCCAGGUUAUAUUUUAAAGUGGUAGGGGAGGGGGUUAACAUGUCGAUCCAGUACGAGCCACCGCUGGCGGACAGCUUCGGGGUGGCGGACUCGUUUCCCAAAGAUUUCGGAUAUGGAGAAGAAGAAGAAGAAGGAGACAUUGAGGAUAAUCCCACUCCCUCCGACAGCAAACCGAGGAUCCUGCUGAUGGGAUUGAGGAGAAGCGGAAAGUCCUCUAUCCAGAAGGUGGUGUUUCAUAAGAUGUCCCCCAAUGAGACCCUGUUUCUGGAGAGCACCAACAAGAUCUAUAAAGAUGACAUCUCCAGCAGCUCCUUUGUCAACUUCCAGAUCUGGGACUUCCCUGGACAAGUGGACUUUUUCGAUCCAACCUUUGACUACGAGAUGAUUUUCAGAGGAACUGGGGCCUUGAUAUUUGUCAUCGAUGCACAGGAUGACUAUGUGGAGGCCCUUGGUCGACUCCACCUAACAGUAUCACGCGCCUACAGGGUCAACCCAGAGAUCAACUUUGAAGUCUUCAUCCAUAAAGUAGACGGCCUGUCUGAUGACCAUAAGAUUGAGACCCAGCGGGAUAUACACCAGAGGGCUAACGAUGACCUGGCAGAUGCCAGUUUAGAGAAACUACAUCUCAGUUUCUAUUUGACUAGUAUAUAUGAUCACUCCAUCUUUGAGGCCUUCAGUAAAGUUGUCCAGAAGCUCCUCCCUCAGCUCCCCACGCUGGAGAAUCUUCUCAACAUCUUUAUAUCGAAUUCAGGGAUUGAGAAGGCCUUCCUGUUUGAUGUCGUCAGUAAGAUUUACAUCGCCACCGACAGUUCACCGGUGGACAUGCAGUCCUAUGAACUCUGCUGCGACAUGAUCGAUGUGGUCAUCGACGUCUCCUGUAUUUACGGAUUAAAGGAGGAUGGCACUGGCAGUGCAUAUGAUAAGGAGUCUAUGGCCAUCAUCAGACUCAACAACACCACAGUGCUCUACCUGAAAGAGGUCACCAAGUUCCUCGCCCUGGUCUGCAUCUUGAGAGAAGAGAGCUUUGAGCGCAAAGGAUUAAUAGACUAUAAUUUCCACUGUUUCCGGAAAGCCAUUCAUGAGGUGUUUGAGGUGGGCGUUUCCACCUCAAGGACAAGCACCCAGCCAGCUGGCACCCCUCUCAUGAAGACCGUUGCCUUAAACGGAACCCCCAGGAGCACUGUGUAGACAGAUAGUGAUAAAGACAAUGAUGAAAAGUGUGGAGACAAAGGAAAGGUAACAAAAGAAAGAGACUACGGGAUGGGUCGCAUUCUGUUUGCCGACCAUCAUUACUGCUCCCAAAUGUUUUAUAAGCAAAAGAGUUUGAAAGUCACUAAAAUAAACUUGCCUCAGUGGGUGGGGCAGAAAUGUAAUGUGGGCAAGCUUGCAAAGCUACAGAUGAAUGGAAGGGAAAAGGCACAAAAGAAGGUGGAACACUUUUUUUUGUGACUAAAAGGCAUUAACAAACUGCUCCUCAAGAAAACAAGUAACAAAGUUCAAGUCACUGAGAAAAAAAAAAAAAAAGCACAGAAAGGAACCUCUCACUCUUUCAGGUCAAACCGCCUGACAACUUGGACGAAUGCUGUAUUAUACUCUGCUGGUCACUUAACAUGGUAGCCAAGUUUAAAUGCAUACCCGAUUUACUCCUCAACACGUGAAUGUGGCAGACUUCUGGGAAAAUUUGUGGUGCACAAAAUUUGAGCGUACACUUCUGAAGCCUUAUGUAGAGGAGGCCUGUCUGAUGCAAGCCCCUAGUGGAAACAUACACAUUUGGUCACCUAAACAGCCCAUGUAUUGUGUAUGAAGAUUAGUAAAGGGAUUGAAAUGUG